AUGUCAAAGGGAAAACGAGGACACACCAAGCGGUGGCGUUACCACCACCGCCGCCCAAAAGCCCACCCCAACUACAUCAUCAAGACCGAUGAUGCCACCCCCGUUCUCGCCCUGCCCAUUGAGUUGUUUGUCAAAAUCGGCAAGUAUUUGACACAAGCGGAGGCCAUGGCGUUUGGUGCGGCUUGCAAACAGGUUGGGUACAUGCUCAGACCGGCCAUCUGGCAGUCUCUCGCGCUCAAGACGGACUCGCACGCGAGGUUUGGGGAGGAGCUGGGCCGAAUUGUUGCCCGCGCGAAGGCCGAGCUGGACAGGUUCCAGCGCUGCGAGCUGCCUUGUCGGCCGUUUGUGGAGGAUGUCAAAAACCUCAACCUCUACCUCCAACACCACGAUCCCCUCGACCAUGAAGAACCCCACCCCCCCGAACUCGCCAACAAGAUCCUCGACUUGCUCUGCCUCCUCCCAAACGUCCAGAAGCUCAACCUGGACCUCAGAGAUCUCCAACAACCACAGGUCGCCCACCUCAUCACCCUCCUGGAUAUCAACCCAACCCCCAUCCUCCCCCAGGCUCGCCAAGUGAGGUUCACCACUGGGGAACACGACCACAACGCCGCGCAACAACGCCGUAGCUUCGACCCCAUCACCUGCGGCCGAGUCAUCGCAGCCGUCUGCCGCUCCCUCGGGCCUCACGUAACGGACUUUGAAUUCAUCCGUGGCACAGAGCAAGAAAACAAUGAAGCGUUGCUUGAAGUCGCGGAGGCAUUCUCCAACGGCGAAAGAAAAAUGAAGAAAUUGCUCGUUGCGUCCACUGAUUCGAUGCAUGGGUUUGAUAUGUUUGGCGCGAGGGAGAUUUUGGAGCAAAUCGUUGCUCCGCACAGAGACAGCAUUGAGGAGAUUUUUAUCGGGGAUGAUGCCGAGUGGGAGCCUGAAGGGGGGAGGGAGGAGUGGAGGGAGCACUACGGGGCUGUUGACCAUAUUGUUGGCGCGUUGGAGCAAAUGCCAAAUCUGAAAAGGGUAGCGUUUCCGGUGGUGGAUUUUCGGUGUGAGGGGGUGAUGGAUAUGGCCGGGGAUGAGAAUUUUGCAAGGGAGGAGGUGGAGAAGGAGAUGAGGAGGGUUGUUGGGACGGUGAUGGAUAGGUUGCCCAACUUGGAUCAUGUGGCGUUUUGGUCGCAGUAUCAGGAGAUGGGGGUUGAGGCUUGGAGGGAGGGGGAUGGGGAGGCGGGGUUGGGGUGGAGUUUUCAUGAGGUGAGGGAUGAUUGGAUUCGGCCGAGGAGUGGAAGGGGGGCGUGGCCGAUGGGGAUUUGGGGGCGUUGGUGGUGA